UUCGCGAAGCCAAAAAAAAGUCAACAACUCGAAUUCCUCGAAUUAUAAUUUUAAUAACAAUAUUUUUGUUUUUUGGCUUUGUGCAAACAUUCCUCGAUGGAGUUUGCCGAGUUCAUAAAGACCCCGAAGAUAAAUCGUGUCGUGCUGCAUGAAACGCCAUCCAAAAAGAAACUCGAAUGUUCGCUUUGCAUAACGGGCCAUCACUUGAUCCUGAGUACGCGAAAGGAGGACGAACAGGAAUUCUGGCUGCUGCAUCAAAGUAUCGACUUGGUCGAACGAAGUCAACCGCGUGCCGAGAAUUACUUACAAGCAACCAAAGACUGGAUUAACAAUCCGAACAAUUACAUUAGUGGCUCUGGAGGGGGCGGAAAUUCCUACAAUGGCGGCACAAUAACACUUUAUUGCAAAAAUUUGCGGAUUUUAAGGAUUGAGAUUGUCGGUUACACGGAAUUUGUUAAUGUGGCGGAUUCGCUUGAGAAAUUAUCGCGUCUCGAAACGCAAUGGCUCUAUCCGUUCUUUUACAGACCCAUGUACAAUAUUCUCGAGGACGGGUAUACGAUUUUUGGGCCUGAAGUUGAAUACGGGAAACUUUUGGCGACGCAACAAUGGCGCUUGUCACGAGUUAAUGAGAAAUUUCGCGUUUGCCCGACGUACCCGAAAGUGCUUGUUGUGCCGAAUGUCAUUAGUGACGAUGAAAUAACGGAAGCAGCGACAUUUCGUGAAGGCGGGCGAUUUCCCGUUUAUUGCUACAAACACAAUAAUGAAGCCGUAUUACUGCGUGCCGGACCAAUUCUCAUGCAAAAUGGCGUCAAACGGUGUCAGUCAGACGAAAAUAUCGUCAAUGUUGUGCUCGGGAUGACGACAAAAGGAUACAUUUUGGACACAACUAAGCCCGGCAAAAUUAACAUUCCCAUGGAAAAUUAUGCGCAAUGGAAGAAAGUUAGUCAUCCCAUUAAAAUUACCACCGAUUGCUUCAAUAAGUUGAUCGAAAAUUGCAAUGAUACGACGUGUUCGGUUGACAGAUACUUGGAACGGCUUGAGAGCUGCGGAUGGUUGAGUGUCGUGCUGAAGACGCUAGAUGGCGCUUGUAUUGUUGCUCAAUUGUUGGAUAAGGAUAAGACGCCCGUGUUGAUCGAGGGCAUGGAUGCGGCGCUGAUUAUCUCGAGUUUAGUACAAAUUAUCUUGAAUCCCGACUGUCGAACGGUGCGGGGAUUUAUAGCGCUCAUUGAUCGGGAAUUCGUGCAAGGAGGAUUUCCGUUUGCCACGAGACAUCGGGCGGGAUGUUAUUCGCCGAAUAGGACGAAGCAAACGGUACCGAGCUUUUUGCUGUUCUUGGAUUGCGUUUAUCAGUUGCAUUACCAAUUUUCAAGCAGUUUUGAGUUUAAAACUCAACUACUCAUCAUGCUGUGCGAAAACAGUUACUUCAGUCAAUACGGAACCUUUUUAGGAGACUGCGAGCGUGAUCGAGAGGCUCUUGGAGUCUAUACCAAAACAGUAUCGUACUGGACUCAUCUCUUUCGUCCCGAAUUCAUGAAGACAAUUUUAUCGCCCCUUUACGAUCCAAAUCCUCAAGUUAUAUGGCCUUCUGUAGCACCGUGCAGCCUUGUUCUUUGGUCCGAAUUCUACUUGCGAUGGACAAUUGACCAAACCUUCAUCGAAAAUAUGGAGAAAACUGUCACCGAAAAGAUGACACAGGAGAAGGAGCUUCGAACAAAAAUAAUUAAGUUAAAGAAAGAGUUAACGGACUUGCAAACGGAAUACAAUGAGAUACAGGUGAAGGCAAGCAAGACAAUGCCAGACGAGUAAAAAAACCAAAAACUAGUCAAAAUAUUUUUUUUUUGUUUUUUCUUAAAAAAAAAACUUGACACUUGAUGUGAUAACAAAAAAGACAGUAUCUCUGCUAAUUUUCCUGCCAAAAUUAUUUGCCGGUCAAUUAACAAAAAAAAAAAAAAAUAAGAAAAAAGUCCAUUAAAAAUUUCUUUAACAAAAUUUAAAAAAAAAAUCUUUAAUAAAAGCUGGAACAUAAAAAACUAAAACAAUCAUAUUUUUACCUACAAAAAAAAAUAUAAAAAUCUCUAAGCAACUAAUUGUAAUAUUCAACCAUAAAAAGGAAUAAUAAAAA